AUGGCAAAAAUAGGGAGGCUGUCUGAGUUCGAUGUAAGCCAUCCAGAAAGGUGGGAGACUUAUGUGGCAAGAGCAGAAACCUAUUUCAGAGUUAAUCAAAUACGGGAAGAUGGUUUAAAAGCUGCAACAUUGCUUUGUGUAUGUGGCCAAGAUGUCUUUGAGAUUGCAGAGAACUUAGCAGCUCCUGCUCCCUUAGAGUCUGUAACUUACACAGACUUGAAGAAUUUAUUGAAGGAGCAUUUUCAACCAGAGAUGUCCAUAAUCGCUUGGAGACACAAUUUUGAGCAGAGGGAUCAGAAAGCUGGGGAAUCAGCUAAAGAAUAUAUUGCAGCAUUAAGAAGAGCGGCCAAACUGUGUGAGUUUAAGGACUUAGAGGAAAGACUCAGGGACUGUUUUGUGUGUGGACUGAGGAACAGAGGCCUACAACAAAAACUGUUUGCCAGAAAAGAUUUGUCUUUCCAAGAUGCUGUAAGAGAGGUAACGGCUGAAGAGGCGGCUGGUGGAGCAGUUAGACACAUGCGGCCCAACAAACUGGGUAUAGAAGAAGCCUCUGUGCAUCUAGAAGAAGCACAGGAAGCCUCUGAGGAAGGAUCUGAAGAAGAAGUGGAUCACCUCGUCCCAUCUAAAGAAGGAAAAAAGUUUGAAAGAAAGAACCAAAAGUCAACAGGGCUCAAGUGUUUCGGGUGCGGUGGUCGCCACAAGAGGGCCGACUGCAGGUUUCGUGCAGCUGUCUGCAGAGCGUGUGGAAGGCAAGGACACAUAGCAGCCGUUUGCCUAGGACGAAGGAAGGUACAGUAUCAAGAAGAAUUGCACCAGAAAGACACCAAGGUCCCCAGCCAGAACAGAGUAGGCUUCUGCGCAUCGCGCAGAAGUGUUUAUAGGACAGGCACACACAAACCACUUAAAAAGAAGUUGUCUCUUAAGGUGAAACUGCAGGGAGUGCCAUUAGUCAUGGAGCUGGACACAGGGUCCGCUCUUUCAAUUAUUUCCAUACAUACAUUUAGGAAGAUCUGCAAUAGCAGUGGGGUUCAGGCAAAAUUAAGGCCUUCAAACAUAGUUUUAACUGAUUUCCAAAACUCUAGAGUGUGCAUAAAGGGGGAGGCCACCCUUUCUGUACAAUACAAGAGUUUUGUGGGCCCUUUGGAUGUCCUGGUUGUUGGGGGUGACAGAAUGAGUCUUAUAGGACUCGAUUGGUUGGAGGCCUUGGGAGUUCAAGUCACUGGCUUGCACAGUCUGCAAACAUUAAGCCUAGCAGGAGUCUGCGAGGAGUUUGCAGAUGUGUUUAGUUCUUAGCUUGGAUCUUACCAAGGGCCUCCUGUUUCGUUAAACCCCAACAUCACACCCAUUAGAGUUAAGGCUAGGAGAGUGCCUUUCGCUUUGAAAGAAAAAAUUGAUGCUGAAUUGGAUAAGUUAAUCCAGCAAGGCAUUUUAGAGCCUGUAGACUCGAGUCCAUGGGAAACCCCCAUUGUUACACCUCUUAAGGCUAAUGGGGACAUACGUAUUUGUGCUGAUUACAAGUGCACCAUCAAUAAAGCAUUACAACAGCACGCAUACCCUGUUCCAGUAGUGGGUCACAUUCUGGCUUCUCUUAAGGGAGGGAAGAUUUUUGCAAAGCUUGACUUGGCUCAAGCGUAUCAACAGUUACCUGUUGAUGCAGCAGCUGCUGAGGCACAGACCAUUGUGACGCACAGGGGUGCUUUCAGAAUAAAAAGACUCCAGUUUGGAGUAAAUGUGGCACCAGGUAUUUUUCAAAGUGUGAUGGAAAACACACUAAGGGGCAUUCCUGGGGUCUGUCCUUACUUCGAUGAUGUCCUUAUUGCUGGAGAUUCUGUGCACAAUCUAGCAGAAAGACUAAGGGCUGUACUGCUGUGGUUUAGGAAAGCAGGUUUAAAGCUUAAGAAAAACAAGUGUAAGAUAGGAGUCACGUCCACAGAUUUUCUGGGGUUUAGAAUAGAUGCACAGGGCAUUCACCUAGCUGAGUCAAAGUUGAAGGCCAUUCAACAGGCUCCUCGCCCUAAGUCAAAGGUCUGGCAGUGGACCAAGGUUCACGAUCAGAGUUUCAAUGAGGUAAAGGCCUUACUCACGUCUCAUAAUGUCCUUGCUCAUUUUGAUGAGAGACUUCCUGUUUGCAUCGCAUGUGAUGCUUCCCCUUAUGGGGUGGGUGCUGUUUUUAGCCACUUGAAGGUUGAUGGAACCCAGGUUCCAGUUGCUUAUUAUUCUAGGACCCUUUCUUCCGCUGAGCGCAACUACGCUCAAAUUGAUAGAGAAGCUUUGGCCAUAGUAGCGGGUAUUAAAAAAUUUCAUGAUUUUUUAUAUGGCAGGCAUUUCACGGUCUAUACUGACCAUAAGCCUCUGUUAGGGCUGUUUACCACCAAUAAACAAACCCCUCAAAUCAUUUCCACUCGAAUGCUAAGAUGGUCCAUUUUUUUGUCUGCAUAUGACUACUCACUAGUUCACAAACCUGGUAAGGAGAUGGGUCAUGCAGACGGCCUGAGCAGGCUAUCCCUGCCCCUUGUGGAGGCAGAUCCUGCUCCUGCCAUUAAUAUCCUUUCCAUUCAGGAGCUGCCAAAAUCUCCCCUGACUGCCCGAGAUGUAGCUGCUGAAACUGCCUCUGAUUCCACACUCAACCGUGUACUUUCUUGGGUACUAUCUGGGUGGCCUGACAGGUGCCCAGGUACUGAGUUUCAAAGCUACUGGUACAAGAGGCAUGAGCUGUCCACCUUUAAGAGUUGCCUGCUGUGGGGCAGCAGAGUGGUCAUUCCUACCUCACUGAGGUCUAGGAUCUUGAUUUCCCUUCACGAGGGGCAUUCUGGCAUUGUCAGGAUGAAGGCGCUUGCGCGUAGCCACUUAUGGUGGCUGGGUUUAGAUAAGGAUAUAGAGGCUCAUGUACAUGGGUGUCACUUAUGUCAGCGUUCUAGGCCGGAGAUGCCACAGGCCCCAGUGCACAGGGAGUUUCACAGGGAGAGCCCUCAUAACUCAAAUAGCACAAGAGAGCUGGCACAUUACCAAGGGAGCUGGGCAAGUGCUCCCAGAAGGAAGUCUGCAAUUGGGAAAACAGCAGAGAAGGCAGAUCAUAACUCUGGUUCACCCAGCACAGACUAUGGGGUGGUUGGUCAUUGGGGCACCGAUGAAGACACAGACAACCCGGCCAUGGGGCUUGGGAGUGAACAAUUAUACUCCCAAGAUUGGUCCAUUGUGGACCUGGAGAACUCCGCUGUCAUGAGUGAUGGGGAAUGGGGUCCUAACAGGCCGGGUAGUAUAGCUGUAGAGAGAGCGCCACCUUGUGGCAGAAGGGAAAGUCCUGGUCUGUGUAGCCCAGUGGUUGGAGCUAAGCUCUGGCCUGAGAGGCCAAAACCGGCAGAUGUAGCUCUGAAAGAUGGUUUGGAUUUUAUGAUGGAGGCAGAGCUGACAGAAGAAGCAAGCUUCCCUGGCCUUUGUCAGUAG